AUGCUGUUUCGUGUCCUGCUUCUUUUUAUCGGAGCAACGGCCGUUGAGCACAAAGAAGUGGGGCUGGCGGCCGACAUUUCCACUCUCGAAUACGUUCACACUAUCUGGAGACACGGAGACCGCACUCCGGCAGACCUUCUUUUCCCCGAAGACGUCUCGAAAUGGCCGGAGGGGAUCGGCGAACUGACCGCCCGUGGAGCAGGUGACAAAUGAGAAGGGAAUCCACGUGGCAGUUCCAUUUCAGAACAACAGUUUCGUCUGGGAAAGUGGCUGAGAAGGCGAUACGGAGACUGGCUCGGGGAGUUCGAUCGGAACGCGGUUGGUGCUCAGAAUCCCGCAUCUGCAGAUAUUUAUCACUUUCUCAGAUAUACAUAAGAAGUUCGGAUUACAACCGGACUCUGAUGUCGGCCCUUGCCAACAUGGCGGGCUUGUUUCCGCCGAGGAAAGGACUGGUCGAGGGUGUGAUGUGGCAACCGAUUCCUGUUCACACAAAGCCAAAACCGACUGACAAAGUGGGCAAAGAUUCCGAAUCUUCACGUAAAUUAAUGAUAUUCAGGAGCUUUACGAAGACGUGGCAUGUCCGACGGCCGAGAAAGAAAUGGACUCGCAAUGGAAUUCAGAGAAAGCAGAAGGAAUACGCACGGAGUUCGCCACUGAACUCGCCUUUUUCUCGGCAAAACUGAACAUUCCAAAGAUGAAGCUCAAGGAGACUUGGAGAAUAUUCGACAAUUUGUUUUGUGAGGUCGUUCGUAGGCUCACUAGAUAUUUUGAGUUCCUCCGUUCCAGAAUCAACAUAACAUCUCGUGGCCAGUCUGGAUCAAUGAAAGUAUGUUCGAAAGAGUGAAUCAGUUGUACAACGAAGUCACCAAACUGGAAUUCCACACAGAAACACUUCGACGACUGCGUGGAGGAACUCUCCUCGAGGAAAUAUUCCAGCGAUUCAAUGCGAAAGCGAGCGGAUCGCUCGGGGAAAAGGCCAAGUUUUUCGCCUACUCUGCAGUGAGUUCCCGCUUCCGAUCGCACCGAAGUCAUCCCUUUCUCAGCACGAUUCGACCGUGGCCGCCCUUUUAUCCACGUUCGGAGUUUUCUAUGAUAUUUACCCGAAGUACGCGACAUGUCUUCUCAUCGAAAUGCACACAUAUCCUAACGAAACCCGAAUCAUCCGAUUUUUCCAUAAAAACGAAACGGACUCUGACUUUUUAAUCGAGUACUCGAUUCCCGGAUGCGAUUAUCCGUGCACUCUUCAGAAGCUCGGAGACGAUCUCAGUCGGUACUUUCCGGAGGAUUGGGAAGCAGAGUGCGGACUGAAAUCUAACUUCGAAUUCAUUUAUCUAAGUGAACAUCGCUAUUUGCUUUCAGAGAGCGCACGACACUUUCCUUUUCAGCGUUGAUAUUCGGUCUUCUGAUCACAACCGUCUUCUUCUGCACAAUGUUUGUUUUGGAGAAGAAAAGGAGAUCCAUGAAGUACCGUACCCUGGCACGAGACGAUAAUGUUCCGAUGCUGGAAAUGGUCGACAGUGACUGA